AUGGCGGCGGAAAAGGAACCGUCGUCAUCCUCACUCCUCGCAGUCGACACACGACCUCGCGCUCUCAGCUCCUCAGACACAAUCACAUCCGCCACAUCGAAUCCCUUCCUCACACCAACAGCAACCAGCCGCACCGCCAGUUUCAGCGAUGAACUCUCCCAAGCGCUGCGUCCAGACCCAGGCACCGAGGACGACUUCCGCGUGGAAAACAACCCCUUCGCCUUCUCGCCCGGCCAGCUUAACAAAUUGCUGAAUCCCAAAUCCCUUGCUGCCUUCCAAGCCCUCGGUGGUCUGCGCGGCAUCGCAAAGGGCCUGCAAACAGAUACAACCAGCGGCCUCAACGUUGACGAAACUAGCGCCCCGAAAACAGUCUCCUUUGACCAGGCGGUGCUAGAAUCAGCCCUAAGCAGCGUUCACGAGGAAAAAGCAGCUGGUGGCAAUCAAGCUGCUUCAACGGAAUCCUUUGUCGACCGUGUCCGCGUGUAUAAGCGCAAUGUGCUGCCGGCGAAGAAGCCCACGCCCCUGUGGAAACUCAUGUGGAAUGCGUACAACGACAAAGUCCUCAUCCUGCUGACUGUGGCGGCUGUCAUUUCCCUCGCCCUGGGUCUCUACGAAACGUUUGGCGUGCACCAAGAGCCUGGUGAAGGGCCUCCUGUCGAUUGGGUCGAGGGUGUGGCCAUCUGUGUUGCCAUUAUUGUCGUCACGGCUGUGGCUUCUCUCAACGACUGGCAAAAGGAAAAGGCGUUUGUCAAGUUGAAUGCUAGAAAGGAAGAUCGCGAGAUCAAAGUCAUUCGCUCAGGGAAAUCAUUCAUGAUUAACGUUCACGAGAUUCUGGUCGGCGAUGUCCUGCAUCUGGAACCGGGUGACUUGGUGCCCGUCGAUGGCAUCUUCAUCGACGGCCACGAAGUCAAGUGUGAUGAAUCGUCUGCCACUGGUGAGUCCGAUGCGCUGAAGAAAACUGGCGGCGACCAAGUCAUGAAAGCGCUGGAAGCCGGCUACGACACCAAGAACUUGGACCCUUUCAUCAUUUCUGGCGCCAAGGUCCUUGAAGGCAUGGGAACCUUUGUAUGCACAUCUGUCGGCGUAAACUCCUCCUUUGGCAAGAUCAUGAUGUCUGUCCGCACCGAAGUCGAAGCUACUCCUCUCCAAAAGAAGCUCGAAGGCCUGGCCCUCGCCAUCGCCAAGCUCGGCAGUGCCGCCGCCGGCAUUCUCUUCCUCGUUCUUCUCUUUCGCUUCGUCGCGGGUUUGUCCAAUGAUCACCGUACAUCUGCUUUGAAGGCCUCUGCUUUCAUGGACAUUCUCAUCGUUGCCAUUACCAUCAUCGUGGUUGCCGUGCCUGAGGGUCUGCCUCUCGCUGUUACACUCGCAUUGGCAUUUGCAACCACCAGACUUCUCAAGGAGAAUAACUUGGUUCGCAUGCUUCGAGCUUGCGAAACCAUGGGCAAUGCAACGACCAUUUGCUCCGACAAAACCGGUACCUUGACGACCAACAAAAUGACAGUUGUAGCUGGUACCUUUGGCACAGGCAGCUUCUCCAAAUCUGAAACAGAGUCCAUCUCCCAAUGGGCAUCUACCCUCACGCCUGAAACCAAGGCCAUCAUCACACAGUCUGUCGCCAUCAACUCCACCGCCUUUGAAGGUGAGGAAGACGGCCGAGCUACUUUUAUCGGUUCCAAGACGGAAACUGCGCUGCUUCAACUCGCCAAAGACCAUCUAGGUCUGCAAUCCCUCGCCGAGACACGCGCCAACGAAACCAUCGUACACAUGUUCCCCUUUGACUCUGGCAAGAAGUGCAUGGGCUCCGUCAUCCGUCUCCCGAACAACACCGGAUACCGCCUCCUCGUCAAGGGUGCCUCCGAAAUCCUCCUCGGCUACUGCUCCCUCAUCGCUGAUCCCGAGUCUCUCACCCAAGAAGACCUCUCACCCACCAAGAGACAACAUCUCCUCUCCACGAUCGAGCAAUACGCAAGCAACUCCCUUCGAACCAUCGGCCUCAUCUACAAAGACUACGAAUCAUGGCCCCCCGCGCAGGCUGAAAUGGAAGACGGCCACGUCGCAUUCGCCUCCCUACUCAAGGACUUGGUAUUCCUCGGUGUUGUGGGUAUCCAGGACCCCGUCCGUCCAGGUGUACCUGAAGCCGUGAAGAAAGCCAAGCACGCCGGCGUGGUGACCCGCAUGGUAACAGGCGACAACAUUGUCACAGCAAAGGCUAUCGCUACGGAAUGCGGCAUCUACACGGAGGGUGGUGUCAUUUUGGAAGGCCCUGUCUUCCGCAAGCUCAAGGACCCUGAUAUGAAGGCUAUUCUGCCCAAGUUGCAGGUUCUUGCGCGUUCUUCUCCGGAGGAUAAGCGGAUUUUGGUCACUAAGCUGAAGGAACUUGGCGAGACUGUGGCCGUGACUGGUGAUGGGACCAACGACGCACCUGCAUUAAAGGCAGCAGAUGUUGGUUUCUCCAUGGGUAUUUCUGGUACAGAAGUGGCCAAGGAAGCAUCUGCUAUUGUGCUCAUGGACGACAACUUUACAUCCAUUGUCACGGCGUUAAAAUGGGGUCGUGCUGUCAACGAUGCUGUCCAGAAAUUCCUCCAGUUCCAAAUCACCGUCAACAUCACCGCCGUCAUCCUCGCUUUCGUCACAGCCGUCUACGAUCCACAGAUGAGACCCGUCCUCAGGGCCGUCCAACUUCUCUGGGUCAACCUCAUCAUGGACACAUUCGCUGCCCUGGCACUGGCCACUGAUCCCCCCACCGAGAAGAUUCUCGACCGUUUGCCUCAGGGCAAGAAGGCGCCUCUCAUUACCACAAAUAUGUGGAAAAUGAUCAUCGGCCAGUCCAUCUUCCAGCUCGUCGCCACAUUCAUACUCUACUUUGCGGGCGGCCAAAUCCUAAACUACGACGUGAGCAUCCCCUCUGUAAAGACCGAGCUCGACACCGUUAUCUUCAACGCCUUUGUGUGGAUGCAAAUCUUCAACGAAUUCAACAACCGCCGUCUGGACAACAAAUUCAAUAUCCUCGAGGGCGUGCACCGCAACAAAUUCUUCAUCUUUAUCAACUUUCUCAUGGUUGGCCUCCAAGUGGCCAUUAUAUUCGUGGGUGGCAAGGCUUUCGGCAUUACCCCCGGCGGCCUGGACAGCACGCAGUGGGCUAUUUCGGUCGUUGUGGCGCUGAUGUGUCUGCCUUGGGCUGUUGUGGUGCGCUUGUUCCCAGAUGAGUGGUUCGGCACGAUUGCUGGAAUCGUGGGAAAGCCUGUCGUUGUUGUUUAUCGCGCCUUGGGAAGGGUAUGGACGCGUUUCGUGGGGAAGUUCAAGAGGGCUAAGAAGUCUGAGGGGGAUGAGCAAGAGGCAGAGAAUGGCGUCGAAAGUAAGGGGGAAUCGUCGGCUGCGCCUGCUAUUGUGGUGAAUGAGCCGUUGCCUGUGUUUGAGGUGACGGAUGUUGAAAAGGGGCGCUCGACGGCCUGA